CAUCUCAUUAGCUAUUCUGACCGUCUACUACCCCGCCUCUCCAUCUGAAUUAUUCCAGCUUGCAGAAUUUGACUAAAUUUUUUCUCAGAGAGGUGAAAUCUUAAGCCCAGAGAUGGUUCUAGAGCUGUUCAGUCCCGUAGAGAAAUUUUCACCACAUUAGGACGGGUGUCUUUUGAAUAUUAAGCAAGCUGGUGGUUAGAUUCCAAGAUGGCAGAAGAGACGAUUUACCUGUGUAAUUUCCGCGUCUCGGUGGAUGGAGAGUGGCUCUGCCUACGGGAGCUCGGUGACCUUAGCGUUACGCCUCAGUUGGAAUCACCUCAAGAAGUGCCUGAGGAGAAUGACCCGCCCAAGGACCCCACAGCCAUAGAGCGGGCCAACCUGCUGAACAUGGUCAAACUCAGCAUCAAGAGCCUGAUCGAGUCGUCCUACCAGGUGGGACGGACACUGGACAAGGACUUUGCUCCACUUCAACAGUUUCUCAUCGUGAUGGAACAUGUGCUCAAACAUGGACUCAAAGCUAAGAAGAGUAUCCUCAGUACCAACAAACAUGUGUGGGGUCCUCUGGAGGCAGUGGAGAAACUGGAACCCGAAGCUACUGAGAUCAACAACAGUGUGCGAGAACUGCCUCAGAUCAAGACAUACCCAGGGAAGGCCCGUGCCUGGCUGCGACUGGCCAUGAUGCAGAAACGUCUGGCAGACUACGUCAAGACUCUGGUGGAGAAGAAAGAUGUUAUGGGGGAGUUCUACGAGCCAUUUGCCCUCCUGAUGGAGGAGGAGGGGAUGGUGUUAGCAGGACUGCUGGUGGGACUGAAUGUCAUCGACUGUAACUUCUGUGUGAAGGAGGAUGACUUCGACUCACAGCUGGGUGUGAUAGACUUCAGCAUGUACCUGAAGGAUCCUGGGAACUACACAGACAGGUCACCAGGAGAGGCCAGCCGAACUGACUCUAACUCUAGCCAAGCCAACCUGACUGCAGUGCUGGACCAGAAGAACUAUGUGGAAGAACUGAACAGACACCUAAAUGCCACAGUGACUAACCUCCAGGCCAGGAUUGAGAACCUGGAGAGAGACAACAGCAGUCUGUCAGAGAAACUGGCCAUGGCUAACAACAGGGUCCUGCAGCUGCAGGAGGAGGGGGACAAACUCCAGACUGAGAACACCAGGAUUAAGGGAGACCUGGAGAAGAAACUGGUGGCAGUACAACAAGACGUACAAACUGAGCGUGAGACCUACCAGAAGUCCCGAGCAGGGCUGGACGACAUGUAUGUCGAAGCGCAAAAACAGUUAAGAGAUGAGACUCAGAUGAGACUGGAUGUAGAAAAGGAGCUGGAGCUGCAGAUCAGUAUGAAGCAGGAGAUGGAGAUGGCCAUGAAGCUGCUGGAGAAGGACAUCCAUGAGAAACAGGACAUGAUCGUGGGGCUCCGCAAACAGCUGGACGACAUCAAGGCCAUCAACAUCGACAUGUACAAGAAAUUCCAGGCGGCUGAGGGAUCACUGAAGCACAAGACAGAAAUGUUGGUCAAACUGGAAGAAAAGUGUACACAAAUGAGCCAGACUAUUAAGGACAUAGAACAGAGACUGAAACAGGCCGAGAGAGAAAAGAUGGGAGCAGAGGAGGCGGCCAGGAGGCUGGGUAAACAACUGGUGGACAAGGACACAAAACGGGCAGCAGUAGAAACAGACUUGAAGAUAGAACGGGAGUGGAGAACAGCGCUGCAGCAGGACAUCGAGAAACAGAAGGAAGUCAUCCAAGAACUCCAGACAGAACUGCAACAGAUGGAAGCUGUUAAAAAGGAGUUCCAGUCAUUACAAGAAGCCCAUGAGCAGUUAAAGCAGACAUGUGAAGACCAGGAAAAGACAUUAGCAGAAAUGGGACAUAAACUUAGCGAGUCAAAACUCAAGAUGGAGGACAUGAAGGAAGCAUUGAAAGAUGAAUUAAAAUUCAACCAGGAUAAGGUAUGGACUGAUGAUAAGGAUGUAACAGACUGCAGACAGUGUGAAAAACAAUUCUCUGUAUCCAGGAGAAAGCACCACUGUAGGAACUGUGGAGGCAUAUUCUGUAAUGACUGCUCAGACAACAAGAUGCCCCUCCCCUCCUCAGCAAAGCCUGUACGUGUGUGUGACCAGUGCCAUACCAAACUCCUAGAAAGAUACAGUGCCGUUGUGGACUAGUAGAAAAAUAUCACGUCUCUUAUUCAAUACACCUUUCUCAAAUCUAGAGUGUACUUUUGUGUUUGAAAAUGUUGUUGUCUUGAUUUGUUAGCUUUAGUACUUCUCACUCAACCAAGAACAUCUAGUAUAAUGCCAGAAAUUCAACUUCUACCCUCCCCGUUGCUAGAACCUUUCCUGACUUUUGUUACGGUUUCAUUUUGUAAUAUUUUAUGUAUGUGGAAGAAAACAGAUCAAUCUUAUAGCAUUUAUUCCAUUCAGAACUCUGUAAUAUGACCAUAAUGCUGCUUACUAUUGUUUUGUGCCAUAUGUGGUCUUUGAUAUACUAGCAGGCAUUCUACUUGUAUUGCUUUAGUUAGCUUCUUGUCAAGAAUGAAUUUUUGCUUUUCAACAUUGUUGUCUCAGAGUGAGACAGUUUUCUGUAAUUAUAGACUAAAUUGGAUGUUUGAAAUUAAAUGUUUGUAAAAUUAGUUUGUGCAAAUAACAUUAGCUUUCUACAGUAUAACAGAAAUGAGAGAUCACAGAAAUGGUUUCUAUUGCAGGGUACAGCAAAAAUGGAUGUCAUGAAAUUAUUAUGAUGCAAGAAAAUACAAACUGAUGUACAAAAUGUACUAGGUAAAUCCUUCCAUCUCCAUUAUGAACAGGUAGAAGUAGAAAGUUGUUUCUUUGUUUAGGUACAAUCUUGCCAUUAAGUGUCAUGUUGUCAUUGUCAGCUUAUGUGAUCUGGUGCUAUCUUAUGAUGUAUAUGAUUUCUGUUUAGACUUCCAAUCCAAUACUUUUGAAAAAAAGGAAUUUUUGGCCUGGAGUUAGUUGACCCAUUGGUACUUUUCACAAACUGAUCUUACCAAAGUAGUUCUGUCAUUAUGAAGAACUCAGGAGGUACUUUACUUUUCUGGGGUGAAGUACUGAUCUGGUACAAGUGCACAUGUUAUUAUGUGUAAUUAAUAUGUCAUCUCAAAAGCAUUUUCUGCUGCCAAAAUGAAUUAUAAACUGUCUUUGAAUGCCUUCUGUCCAUAGAGAAAGUGCCUGAGCUUAUUGCGCACUAUUUAUUUUACCAUUUGAAAUGAUAAUGUACAGAGAAUGGCUUCCAAGCAAUGGCUAUUUAAGAUAUUUUAUGGAAAGAUUAUCCAAUAUUUCAAAAUUAGCAUUUAUCAUUCUAGAUUAUGGAUAACUGUCAUCAAAGGUCAGUGAAAUUUUAUGGCAGUUUUCUAUGUUGUGCAGAUAUAGGACCAAAUGUACAGCUAGGUCGAUGAAUUUGUCUAUACAUCAUUUGUGUUUCAAUGUUAAGAGAUGCAUCGCUUGUGAUGAACUUUGUAAAGCAACUGUCGGUGAGAAGUGUUGUUCUAGUGCAUUGUAUUUGUUAUUGACAUAAAUGUCUUUCUGUUUACUGUAUCUAAAAGUUGCAACAGUAUAGUUAUGAGUAAAAGUAGUAUGCAGGUACAAGUAGUUAUGUAAUACUUUACUUUAGCAUUCUUUAGAUUAACUUUUUAAAUAAGUUUGGGGGAGGAUUUUGACCGACAUCUGACAUUUUCAAACUCAUACUUUUGAUAGUACAAUGUAAUUUAAUACUGCAAUUUGCUAUGGAGGAUUCCUAAGGACCAGCUGAUGGUAACAAUAUUUGGACAGCUAGAAUUUUAUGAAUAAAGGCUGGAAUGAAUUGAGUCGAAUUGUAUAACCUCAAUUGUGAUGUGAGAAAACAAUUACAAGACAAUGCAUUAUUGUAUGCUAACUUGUGUCCAAGUUAGAAUCAUUUUUAUCUGUCAAGCUGCCCACUUAAUUGAAUAAUAAGGACAGGGCAACCCUCAGAAUAUAGGCUUGAAGUUGAAGCUUGUUUUAAUGCUUGUUUCUUAGGUUUUCAUUGAAACUACACAAUUGUUGCAUCAAGUAUCAAUACAGAAUUUAUCCCAACAAUUAUGCUGAAUUGGUGGACAAUAAACAAGAAGUAUCCCUUUGCUUUAAA